UAAACCGGUUGUUAACUAGAGAAAGAAGAUGAGGCUUGUAAGGAAAUGACUUAUCAGUAAUCCUUCUCUGUGUCUCUCAGCUUUUCAAAAUGGGCUUUCACGUUCUCAAAUCCACACCAUUCUUCCCAUCCCAAUCCAAAAUCUUCACCACAACCAAACCCAAUUUCUCCAGACGACUCCUCUCGCCAUUGACCAACACUUUUUGCAGGACCCAGUUCGCGUUGUCUUCCCCCAAGCCCCUCCUUCACUCCGCUUCUGCAUCUGGCUUUCCCUGUUCUCUUCUACCGAGUAGCCGUAGCUUUCGCCGUAGCAGUGUUGUCGCCAUGGCUGCUUCUGGAUCGGUGCAGAAAUCGGAGGAGGAUUGGCGUGCGAUUCUAUCUCCCGAGCAGUUUCGGAUUUUGAGGCAAAAAGGCACCGAGUACCCAGGCACUGGGGAAUAUGAUAAGUUCUUUGAAGAAGGUAUCUACAACUGCGCAGGAUGUGGGACUCCUCUUUAUAGAUCCACUACCAAAUUCAAUUCUGGGUGUGGCUGGCCUGCUUUUUAUGAGGGAUUGCCCGGUGCCAUAAACUGUAAUCCGGACCCGGAUGGGAGAAGAAUUGAAAUUACAUGUGCAGCAUGCGGUGGACACUUGGGUCAUGUAUUUAAAGGUGAAGGAUUCCGCACACCGACUGACGAACGCCAUUGUGUCAAUAGUAUAUCACUUAAGUUUGUCCCUGCAAAUUCUGGCCUGUGAUUUCUAUCAAGUGGUUAUUUUGGUUCAAGAUCACCAUUUCUAUGAACUUUUUGUUCAUGACUGGAUAUUUUUAGUUGUCCAUUCUUCUCUAUUUGUUCUUCUGUCUUUGUAUCUAUCUACUGAAUUUACAAUAAUUCAGCAAGAUGGUGUUUGAGAUUGCUGGAAAAA